CAUUGUGUGUUGCUUGCUUAUGAAGUCUAAUGCAAUCAUAAAUUGCGUCCUCCGGCCAAUCAGCGGGCCGGGGGAUGCUGCAUGAAAGCGACCCAUGUGGAGAACUUUGUUGAGCCCCUUUGUUGAGGCUGUCAGCGCUGAGCGGAGGGCCGAGGAGGAGGGGGGCAGGCUGCUAUAAAACACCUCUCCCCUGAGUGAGGAGACCAGAGGAGUAAGAAGAGCAUUCACAAGACUGAAUCUCUCUCUGCGACCACCAGGAGUAUCCCAAGCUUUCACUCUUGCCUUUUUUCCAAACCGGGACCAUGAUGAUCCCAAGCGUCCUCGCGCCUCCUGCCCUGUACCCGGGGCUGUACCGACCAGCUCUGCCGCUGCACCAGACCCUUCCAUCCGUCUUCCCCACCCACUCCAGCUUCCUCGUGGAAGACCUGCUGCGGAUAAGCCGCCCUACCGCCUACAUUAACAGGACUGUCCCAUCAUUGAGCGUCUCCCAGGCUUCCCUGCCCACAGCCACCACCACCCUGUCCUACGGCGGCGUGCCCGCGGAGCGCGUGUUGGCCAGCACCGCGGUGACGCGCGAAUCGUGCUCGCCCAAAACGUCAUUGCCAAGCAGCAAGGACCCAAGUUUUCUCAAGUUUGGAGUGAGCGCCAUCCUCGCACCAUCACCAAAGACAUCGUCCCAUCCCGCUUCAAUCCACAGCCUACACGCCAAGAGCUUCCACAUUCCCUGCUUUGAUGGAACCUUUCACCCCAUAUUCAGGACGCCUUAUUUACCAGCAUCAACAUCAGUGGUUCCCAUCCCCGGGACUUUUUCAUGGCCCCUGGCAGCCAGAGGGAAACCCCGCAGAGGAAUGCUGAGGAGAGCUGUGUUCUCUGAUGUCCAGCGCAAAGCUUUGGAGAAAAUGUUCCAGAAACAGAAAUACAUCAGCAAGCCUGACAGGAAGAAACUCGCCUCCAAACUCGGCCUCAAAGACUCUCAGGUGAAAAUCUGGUUCCAGAACAGACGGAUGAAGUGGAGGAACUCAAAGGAGCGAGAGCUGCUGUCCUCUGGUGGCUGCCGUGAGCAGACGCUGCCCACCAAAGCCAACCCGCAUCCAGACCUCAGCGACGUGGGCAAGAAGUCCUCAGCUGAGGAGGAGGAGGAAGAGAUGGAACAGUUCAGAGGAGGAGAGAGAUUGAGAGCGGCAGGGUCCAGCAUCUCCUCUCCUUCCCUCUCCAGUAAGCACUCGGACUUCUCAGAGUCAGACGAAGAAGAAAUUACAGUAUCUUAAUUUAUUUUAAAGCCAAUAUAAAGAUUUAAAAAUCA